GCACAACCUCAACCCAGCCAGAAAGUACUUCCCCCAGUGGGAGGCUCCCACCCUGGUAGAUGAACAGCCCCUGGAGAACUACCUGGAUAUGGAGUACUUCGGCACUAUCGGCAUCGGAACUCCUGCCCAGGAUUUCACCGUCAUCUUUGACACCGGCUCCUCCAACCUGUGGGUGCCCUCAGUCUACUGCUCCAGUCUUGCCUGCACCAACCACAACCGCUUCAACCCUGAGGAUUCUUCCACCUACCAGUCCACCAGCGAGACGGUCUCCAUCACCUAUGGCACCGGCAGCAUGACAGGCAUCCUCGGAUACGACACUGUCCAGGUUGGAGGCAUCUCUGACACCAAUCAGAUCUUCGGCCUGAGCGAGACGGAACCCGGCUCCUUCCUGUAUUAUGCUCCCUUCGAUGGCAUCCUGGGGCUGGCCUACCCCAGCAUUUCCUCCUCCGGGGCCACACCCGUCUUUGACAACAUCUGGAACCAGGGCCUGGUUUCUCAGGACCUCUUCUCUGUCUACCUCAGCGCCGAUGACCAGAGUGGCAGCGUGGUGAUCUUUGGUGGCAUUGACUCUUCUUACUACACUGGAAGCCUGAACUGGGUGCCUGUUACCGUCGAGGGUUACUGGCAGAUCACCGUGGACAGCAUCACCAUGAACGGAGAGACCAUCGCCUGCGCUGAGGGCUGCCAGGCCAUUGUUGACACCGGCACCUCUCUGCUGACCGGCCCAACCAGCCCCAUUGCCAACAUCCAGAGCGACAUCGGAGCCAGCGAGAACUCAGACGGCGACAUGGUGGUCAGCUGCUCAGCCAUCAGCAGCCUGCCCGACAUCAUCUUCACCAUCAAUGGAGUCCAGUACCCCGUGCCACCCAGUGCCUACAUCCUGCAGGUGAGGAGGCUCUGGACCAUCCACUAGAGGGGUUCACACAGAAUGUGGACACAGAGUCGCCCUCUGCAGACAGAAAGUACACUUCCACGAGCUGAAGCCAACAGGCAGAGGCAGACGAACAUCUGCCCUAGACAGCCUCCAGAGAAAAAGAAUAUAUUAAAAACAAAUGCAGGAAUAAGAACUCGGAUACAGCCCCCUAAGGGAACAAGUGAAGCGAAAGUUAAUGGGGUGAAAAGAGGAUUCUAUUUGGACCCCUGGGUCCAAGUCCUGGGUCUGAAUUACUAUCCCACUGAUUCUGAGCAAAUUACAACUCAUCUCACCCUCAGUUUUCUCAUCCAAAAGGUAGAGAUGGCAGCUUUCCCCACCCUCAGAGUGCGGUUAGGUCAACCAAGUGAGACUGAUCACAUCAGACCUACCAAGGGUUGGGCAAAUGGAAAUCCUAAUUUCCAUAGGCUGGGGCUUCUGACACUUCUACCAUCUCUACCAAGUAGCAAAUCUU